AUGGCCAGGCAGAGGGACGGCUUCCAUCUACUGCGGCUCCGUUCUUCGUUGCACCUCCUCUGCCUUUUAUAUUUCUCCAAAUUACCGUCAAUUUCUCCGUUGAUUUCGAUUUCUCCGUCCAAUUCCGAUCCCAACUCACUCCCAACCUCCUCAAUUUCCCCCUUUUCUUCUUCUUCUUCUUUCUCCUCCUCCUCCUCCGCCGCCGCUGAUCCAUCCUCAAAUUCAUCCUCUUCCUGUUCUCCGGCGGCGGCGGAGAUGGUGGCCUCCGCCGCGGAGCCUCCCGUCGCUCCUCUCCGCCUGGAGGUACGCCUUCCUGAACGGCGCCUCCACAGCCUUGAGGAUCAGUCGCCCGCCCUCCCUGUGGCGGCGAACCUGCAGCGAGUUCGCGCCGGUCAUCGACGUCAGCGGCGGUGGGAUGCUCUUCGCCUCGCGGCGGACGGUGUUCUUAGGGGGAUCAGGGUGUCGCUUGGUGUAGGUGUCGAUUUGGGCGCUGAAAUCUGUGAUCGAUUGCUCGACCGGAGGCAGAUGGUCGGAGAAAACGGCGUCGUCGCCGGCGCCGGGGAUGAUGACGUCGCUGCCGGUUUCGCUGCCGAGAUUCUCGGUGCAGAGCUCCAGAAACCCCAGUUUCCAAAUUCGAGAUUCGCCGGCCGGUCAACGCCAGCCGUCACCACCGCGGAUGGCGGCGCCACCUGCAGCUUUAGCGUGGUGGAGCUGCCGGACUCCAAGCUUUGGUAA